AUUCCAGUGUAGUGGAUCCUGUCAGUUCAGAAUGCAUUAUUUAAAGAUUAUUCAACUCUUAUGUGUUGGGAUUUGAUAAUAUCAAAUAAAUGUUAUGAUUAAACGGCUAUUGUUCAUUCAGAGCGUGAAAAAAGGCCCUCAAAAUGUUCGUGUACGAAUUUAUGGCUGGAAUAGUGGACACAAUCACGGGAGCUGAGGAAGAUGAAGAAACCUACGACCCGCACCAGCACCGGAAAGUGGAAAAACCAACAUCGUACUCGGACACCAUGAUACAUCUAUUGAAGGGUAGCAUAGGAGCUGGAGUGCUAUGUAUGCCAAGUGCCGUGGCGCGUAUGGGUGUACCUGGCAGCAUCAUCUGUCUCACACUGAUUGGCACCUUUGCGGCUUAUUGUAUGCAUAUGCUGAUUGGUGCUCAGUAUAAGAUAUGUAAACGCGCUCGCCGUGGCUAUGUGGCAUAUCCGCGCUGCAUGUUUUUAGCCGUUCAGGACGGUCCACCGGCCCUUCGUUGGGCUGCUUCACCUUUAUACUACUUCGUUGAUGGCGUACUCGUACUAUGGCAACUCGGCAUCUGUUGCAUUUACUGUGUUUUCGUCUCAGAGAAUGUUAAACAGGUAUUUGACUUCUACGGUGCUGAAAUAUCGUUACGAGCACACCUUUGCGUACUCCUGAUUCCGCUUACACUAUUAGGAUUAAUAAAGGAUCUAAAGCUGAUGACUCCAUUGUCCACGGUUUCCAACGUUGUAACAAUGCUCGGCUUUAUUUUGGUCUUCUUUUACCUUAUCGAAGAUGACGUGGAUUUAGAUGAUGAUAAGCUUCGAUUAAAAACUCUUUUAGACAUACCUGUGUUCAUUGGAACUGCUUUGUUUGCAUUAGAAGCCGUCGGAGUGGUCCUAGCAUUGGAGUACAAUAUGGAGGAACCACGACAGUUUGUGGGAUUAUGUGGAUUAUUUAAUAUUGGCAUGAUAAUAAUCAUUACGUUAUAUCUCACGAUGGGAGUGUUCGGUUAUCUUAAAUAUGGAGAUGAUAUCAAGCCUUCCAUUACUCUCAAUCUGCCUCAAGAAGAGAAAAAAGCGCAGGCUGCCAAAUUAACCUUUGCGUUGGCAAUAUUCUUGUCCUUUCCUCUGCAAAAUUUUGUUGCUUACUCCAUCCUGUGGCGGAAGAUUAAAAAGAAAGCAACGACAUCAGCAAAGAGUACAUUUGUCUUGGAUUACACAUUGCGAUUGAUAUUAGUACUUGUUCCAUGGGCCAUUGCGGUGGCAGUGCCUCGACUGGGACCGUUCAUUUCGCUGUUUGGUGCAUUCUGUCUUUCUCUACUGGCAGUGGUAUUCCCUGGUCUCUUAGACGCCUGUCUGCGCUAUCCGAGCGAGUAUGGCCCGGCACACUUCCGUCUCGCAAAGGACAUACUUAUCGUUUUAUUUGGCACCGCUUGUCUUGUCUCAGGGUGCUAUACCAGCGUACUGGAGAUCUUUGAUGACCAUCACUGAUCUCAACAUAUCUUUCUCGAAGCCUAUAUGACCAUUAAAUUGUGGAAUUAGUUGUUACCCUUAUUUUCUUUGUAUUUUGUUUAAGAGAUUUGAAGCAAAAUAAAAUCACAUUAUAUUUUAAAAGACGUAUAAUUUUAACAAUAUAGUUUUUUAAGAACUUAUCGUCAAAGAUGUUGAGCGCCGCCUUGGGCUGAUAAAUAUUUUGCGACACAGUUAA